UACGGUGGCUGUAUAUUACGCACCACCCAUUUCUCUUUCUCUCAAUAUAUAUAUGUAGCCAAGUAUUUUAGUUUCAGUAUACCACAUUUUUCCAGUCUGUGAUAGAAAACACACUUAUUGCUUUUAUGUUUUCUUCUUCUUCAUUUUUAUGUUUUCUUUUAAAGUUUCUGUGUAAUAAUUUGUUUCUCCCGGUUUUUUCAAAAAAAUAUUGUUCUUGGUUUCUCCGACUCUUUCCCCUUAACUAAGUUCGUCAGUAGAAAUUAAAGAGGGAGAAAAUGAGUGGAGCUGGUAGAGAAAUGGCAGAGAGACUGCUACGUGGGUCAGAGAUAGAACAGAGGAGAGGGAGUCUCUACCUGAAAAAGAAGAUUUGGAGUGAAGUAAAAAAAAUGUGGAGAAUAGCUUUACCAUCUACUUUGUUCAGAGUGAUGUCUUUUGGCUGCAUAGUGGUGGCUCAAGCCUUCAUUGGACACAACAGUGAAAUGGGUCUCGCUGCUUAUGCUCUCCUUCAAAGCACUUUCAUUCGUUUCAUCUAUGGUGUUAUGGCAGGUAUGUCAAGCGCGACGGAGACGCUAUGUGGACAAGCCUACGGAGCACAACAAUAUCACAUGAUGGGGAUCUAUCUACAACGUUCUUGGAUAGUAGACACCUUUACAGCCACUCUCUUUGUCCCUUUCAUAGUCUUUGCUGGUCCCAUUCUUCGGUUACUGGGUCAAAACACUGAGAUCACCAAGACCGUAGACGAGAUCUACCUUUGGGUCAUUCCUUAUCUAUACAGCCUCGUAUUCACCAUGACAAUGCAAAUGUACCUCCAAGCGCAGAUGAAAAACGCUAUCAUAGGCGUUCUCUCGACCAUAGCCUUGGUCUUGGACAUUGUGGCCACUUGGUGGUUCGUGAGAGUGAUAGGGAUGGGAAUCCAUGGUGCGCUUCUAGGACUUAAUAUAAGCUCGUGGUCAGUGGUUAUAGCCGAGUUUGUAUACGUGUUUGGAGGGUGGUGCCCGCAUACUUGGACCGGUUUUAGCACUGCUGCUUUUCUUGAUCUUAUUCCCAUGCUCAAGUUAUCCAUUUCCUCUGGCUUCAUGAUUUGCUUAGAGUACUGGUAUAUGAGCAUCAUCGUCUUAAUGUCUGGAUAUACAAAGGAUGCAAAUACUGCAAUUUCUGCGUUUUCCAUAUGCCAAUAUACCUACACUUGGGAGCUGAACAUAUGCUUAGGCUUGUUGGGUGCAGCAUGCGUAAGAGUAGCUAACGAAUUAGGAAAAGGAGAUGCAGAAGCGGUGAGAUUCUCAAUAAAAGUGGUUCUUGUGGUAUCAGCGGUGAUUGGUGUGAUAUGCUCUGCUCUUUGUCUAGCGUUUGGUGGUCAAAUUUCGUAUUUGUUCUCUGAUAGCCACCAAGUUUCAAAUGCAGUCGCUGAUCUUUCCAUCGUCCUUAGCAUGUCCAUACUCUUAAACAUCAUCCAGCCCAUUCUAUCUGGGGUAGCUAUUGGAGCAGGGAUGCAGAGUAUGGUAGCAUUUGUGAACCUAGCAACUUAUUAUGCAAUUGGUGUUCCUUUAGGGUUCAUCCUUAUUAACAUUUUCCAUUUUGGUGUUAAGGGACUCUGGUCUGGAAUGAUGGCUGGAGUUGGUAUCCAAACGUUGAUAUUGUCUUAUAUUAUUUACAAAACUGACUGGGAAAUGGAGGUAAAGAAGACGAAGGAGCGUAUGAAAACAUGGACUCUAAAGUUACCUUCUGCAGAAUCAAGUUCUACUAUCUCGAUGAGAGAUGAAGAGAGGAAGUGAUUAUAUAUCUAGUUUAAAGAAAACCUAAGAAUAUUCUUUUUGUCUUUUGAAAAAAGAAUAUUUAUGCAUCGUAUUCUGUGUGUUUUGCACUCUUUUAAGAAAAUGAAGCACUUUUGUUGAGAUUGCAUUAUUAGGUUAAUGCAACUCUCAUAACUUAGUAAAGAGGUUACUAAGGUCGAUCUUCCUUCGGGUACAAAAAUAAUUGUUAUUCGGAUUGUUGUUUUAGUUUAUCUUUCUUUUGUCUACUUUGUAUAUACUUGAGUUUUGAUUGGGUGUG